AUGGGUAACUCACCGGAUGGGAGGUCGGGGUUAUAUACUAACCUCUCCAUUACUAGUUGUGGAAUUUCUUUUUACAUGACCCCGGUACAACCAGCUGGACUCUUAACCGUCGUUAGUCCUAGUUUUUUACCUCCAGCUGCAGCACCAGAACCGGUUUUCACAGAUGCUGAUGUCAGUGAGCCACCAUUACCUCCGGUCGUAGCCAGAUCCCCAACCACCAGCCCUGGACCUUUAUCAACCGAUGAAAAACGUCCUAACGGACAAACCCGAGUCGCUCCUCUACCUCUUCCUCUUGCUGCUUUCGCUAUGGUUCUCGCUUCCCUUCUGUUACCGUGA